UUGAAAAAAGUGUGGAGCCGAAGAGAAGCCAAAUGAUGGCGACGAACAUAAUCCAAACAAGACAAUGGGUUUGCAAAGUUACUACAGAACGUGACUUGCAACUUGAUAAAGCGGUUGUCUUAACUACUUGGAACCCACAAGACCUGUUAAAAACAGAAGUUGAAUCUCGAGAGAACCUUGCUGGUGACAACUUGGACGGAUUUUUCUCCUGUUUAUCUGGGAACAGAGACUCCAGUUCUUCAGUAUCCAGCAGCUCAAGUAAUGAUUCUGAGAGACCGGGAUCAACACUCGUUAGAAGAGACAAACGAACCAGAGAGUUUAAACGUCUUUGGGACCGGGACACACUAUUCAGCCUGCAGUCAGUCAAAAACCCAAUCAGCCAUCGCGAUGUUUAUCACGUGGUCACGGAUACUCACAGCGCACUCAGCAGUCUAAUCAGAGCAUAUGACAGAAUACUAGAAAUAAACGAGGUGGAUGUGAAACAAAUGAGUGAAGAAGAAAUGGACAGAGUACUUGAACGAGUCGCAAAUUUCUCAGUGGUGAAGCUGAAAACCUGGAGAUGGGAACAGUGUGAGGGCGGACAUAAAAUCCAAGAAAGACACGUGGUGAUCCGGAAUACUUCACCUGGUCAUCCUGUGCCACAGAUGUUGCGGGAGUUUUCAAUGUUAUCUUUAAAUGACAGAUUUUCGAGGGAAGUGAAAAAUUUUAAAUGGCAUCAGGACGACUUCAUUCCUUAUCAUAUCCACAUUGCAAGUGUAACCGGACUGUAUGUGUAUGCCGACACUGUGGACAUGACUUUGAAAGGAAAACCAAUGACAGAGUCCCACAAAAGCAACGACCAAUUUCGUUUCCUUGUGAGGUUUUUCAACUGCAUGGUAACGGAUGAUGAUCACGUGACCAAUAUUCGAUAUGGUUUCGUGGCCCAGUUUGGCAGAUACGAUGUGAUUGGCGAUUCUAAUGUUCUUUUGAGGGAACAUACUGAUUACAACACAGAGAAGUUGGACGAGCGGUUUAUAUUGGAGUUACAGGUUCAAAAAGAAGACAAUAUUUUCGAAUCCCUCCUGUACAAAAACGUGUUUAUGAAAUAUAACAAUGAGACUGGGAUGUUGACGAUGAAUUACAGUAAAAGACAAGGACCAACCUACCGGUUUCAGACAUUUCGAACACGAGGACCGGUACCACAGUCAACCGUAUCAGAUACAAAUGGCGGCGAUCUAUUCGUGUUUGAGCGGAUCAUAGAAAAUAAAAAAAAAACAACAACAAUUAAACAUUGAAAAGUCUUUAUCAACCUGAGAAUGAUGCAUUUUACAUUUUACAAGAAAAGAUAAAGAACUGAGGGUACUUAAUAUGUGAAAUCACGUCAUGUACAUAGACAUUAUGUAACAUUGUGUAUAAACAUGAUUGUAUAAACAUGUAU